GUAUGUAUAUUGCAGUGUCUAUAAGUAUUUAUAUAUUACAAUGUGUUACUAUUUUGCAACCAAAUUUAAUACCUGUAAUGUUUCUUCAAAGGAUGGCACAUGACAGUUGACUGCUGGCAGUGAAAUUUCCUGGCAGGCAGGCAGGCAACAAAGUGACUGAAUUGGAUAAAAUGGAUGGCUUGCCAACAUUUCCUCCAGCCCCACCUCGUACCGAAACAAACACAUCUAUGGAAAAAUUGCUGCUAUGCCACUCUGCUUCCGUCCAUCAGCGGCAUCCACUGAAAGUCCGUGGCAGGCACAGUAGGCAAUGCACUACAAUUGCAGCAUUGUGUUUUGCAAAGCUAUGCACCUUGACAAGUGUGCCUUAUCGAACCUGUUUAAAUUCCAUCAUUGAAGAAGGCGAUGAGUACUAUGUAAAGUGCGUUCAAACCCAGGGACUCCCCACGACCCAACUCAACUGUGAUGAACUCCUCACCACCUUCAAUAUAAAUGGUUUGGUACUUGAAGUAAAUAUUGAUCAGGUUGGAGAGGGUCAGGUUAAGGACUCAGUUAAAAAGAAUUUAUCUGCAGUUUUGAAGGCUGUUCACAUGUAUCCUGUAAACUAGUUGGUGAGUGUGGGCUGCUUUUUAUUGGGCAUGGGAAAACGAAAACUGUCUCUUGCAUUCCCUUAGGCAACAAUCACUUUUGUUUUUUUAACUCCCAUUGUGUUGAUUCCAACAAUAACAUUUGCAUGGUAGACAAGAGAGGGGCUGCCAGGCUUUUCCGUUGCUUGGGACCAAUUGCUGCAGCCACUUGUUUGUUAACUGACCAUUCUUUGGGUAGUGCCUAUUGGCAAUUGUAUGCCCUGAAUAUGCAGUAUUGAACAUUGUUUUUAUU